AUGUCGAUACUCCAUCCUGACUUUGGAACGCAGGCAGUGCUUGCAUGCACGAGUCAAGCUGCACAUGCUCGUGCAGUUCGUCGGCAUCUUGUGCGUCACAGCGAAAAGAGACGGCUAUGCGAAUGGGCAGCUGGCGCUACAGCUGGGGUACUCGUCGUUCGACUUGCUGGUGGAGCACGCAGACAGUCCACCAGAAGGGCAGCCACAAACAAGUCGCGGGAUGUUUCUGUCGCCCAUGUGCCGAACUCUCAUCUUGUCCACGGCACCUGGUACGACCAUGUUGGCAUGCUAGAGCCAGAGAGAACGCAUAGCAUGCCACCAUCUCAACCAGCAGUUCAUUUAUUGCAGGCCCAUCGAGACUCAUUCAAGUACUUUUUGCAGCAUUCGUUUGGCUUCGAGCUGAAGAAAAUGGCUCCGAAGGUUAAGUUGACAGAAGAUAGCAUUGUCCUCAUAUCACAGCCUGAGGCUGAAGUCAGAGGGAUCAAGCACUCAGCCAGUUCAAGAUCUGCGGUGGGUGAACUUUCGGGCACUGAGCUUUCCAAGGUGCUGCCUGCAACCUUUCACAAUCAGCGUUUUUCUGGGGAGCUCUUGACAGACAGAAUCUACUACGUGCAAGGUACCGAAUCUGCCGAUGUAGCUGAGAUGAAAGGAGACACCUACUUUGCAACAGCCUUUGUCCCCAUGAUCGUCACCGAUUGCGAAACGGGUCUGGCUAUCACUGUGCAGGUGAAGAUCGGCAGAUUUCCCAUGCUGACUGAGUUUGUAAACCUGAUAAUCGGCGGCAAUCCUUACAUCAUUGCUCACCGGCUUGAGCGAAGCUCCGGGGCAUACUUCUCUGUUCAGGCUGUGGAUGAAGCACCCAUGCACGUUGUAGAGCUUGUCACGGAGGAGUACUCGCGAAUCCGCUGCAGAUGUUUCAAAGCCAAGGAUAUCGAUCAGUUGUCUCUUGAAAUCCUCAUGCCUAAAAGCCGCAUUCCUUUGCCUGCAUGUCUUGUGCUUCUGGCAUUAGGUCUGAAGCCGGAGCAAAUCAAACGAGCCCGGAAUGCGGGUAGAAUCUGGACAGAGGAAUAUAACGAGCUGGAAUGUGACCCAGAUCGUGAUGCUUGCACUCUGGCUGCCGCAAAGCUAUGUUCCAUUCUAGACAUCGACGCAGACAUGCGCUUUGGUGGUGAUUCGCUGGCUGCCUUUAAUUUCAAGAGUAGCUGGUCGUUUUCAAGCAGAGUUGGCCCACUUGGGAGACGCCGUCUGAACGAACGACUGGGUUUGGAGCUGUCAGACGAUCAUUUGACCCCAAAGGACUUCCUAGCAACAACUGACCUUUUGGUGGACUCAUUCUUGGGAAGAGUUUCCUUGCAAGUUGAUGACAUCGAUUCGUUGGUCAACAAGAGACUGCGCUCAGUUGGUCAAAAGAUGCAGGGACUUGUUCGCGACUGGCUUGGGCAGGUUCAACAAAAAGCUGAAUGUUUGCCCAUCAAGGUGGAUGUUGUGCAGGGCACAGGAGUUGUGUCCGUUGGAAGGUACCAAGUGCGUGAGUUGGACAAGUUCUGUGUCGCACAACUUUGGAAGGAGAACAACCGGCAGUUGUUCGAAGCUGUCAAUCCCCUUGCGGAGCUUACGCAGGCUCGUCGAGUCACUCAGGUAAGCGAGCUUGGACUCGACAAGAUCAAGCGUAUACAAGGCAUUCGCCUUAUUCACCCAAGCCACUACGGGCGAAUCUGCCCGAUUGAAACUGGCGAAGGCAUGAGUGCAGGGAUUGUGAUGUCAAUGUCCUCAAACACACGCGCUACAAGUGACGGAGAGUUGGAAGCACCCCACCAAUUGGUGUCAAACGGAGUGUUGCACUUGAGCCAGCCUUGGGAGUAUCUCCUAGCACGGAGCCAAUUCGGCUGUCGGGUGGCUCAGUUCGACAUCGCCCACGCCGCAGAUGGCACGUUGCUUGCACCAGCGAGGCCCGAGAGGGGAGGCCAACCGGUAGACCAGGCCCCCCCUGAGAUGUGGAAGAGACCCGAGAGCGUGACGAUGACGCACCUCGGUAAGUUCGGGUCAUGCUCUCCUCUUCAGGUUGAAUAUGUCGCAUGCGGAACUCCCAUUUCCGUGGCUGUCGGCUUGAUACCGUUUGUCGAGCACGACGACGCGAACCGUGCACUAAUGGGGGCGAAGCAUCAACAGCAGGCGGUGCCCCUUAUGUGGCCUGAGCGCCCGGUAGUGGGUAGUGGAAUGGAGGCGCAGGUCGCCACAUACAGUGGACGAACUCACUUUUCCGGUGUUGACGGUCACGUUCUAUAUUCCGAUGCGGCCAAGGUGAUCACCAUCUCUUGCAAGAGCAUUUCUCGGGUCAGCGAGCAGAUGCGCACUUUGCGAGAACGCCUUUGUGAUUUGUACCUUACAAGUGAGCAGUUAAGUGAAUGCACGCAGUUCGAGAACUUCUUGGAGCUUUGCAGGCGGCUGCCUUAUGAACAGCUGCAGCAGCUGUAUACUGACAUGAGUGCAGUGUGGCCAGAGAAGAAAAGCCAGAAGCAGCGACUAGACAACUGGCUUCUCAGAGUUGGGAUUAAGGCUUCAUUGCAAUCCCUGUCACUCCCGCAAUCUCCGGAAGAGUGUUCUUUGCCGCCGGGAUGGAUCGAAACAGAGCUCUGUAUUCACACUCAGAUGGUACACCACGUUACGACAGAUUGUGCUCCGACCAAGAAGCACACUUUGGUUCAUGACACGGUCACAGUUCGACCAAAUGACGCAGUUUGCUCAGGCGAUAUCGUCUCGGAGGGAGCAGGUAUUUCUGGUGGAGAACUGGCGCUUGGCAAGAACCUCGUCGUGGCAUACAUGCCGUACAAUGGUUACAACUACGAGGAUGCUAUCGUCAUUUCUGACAGAUGUGUUCGUGAAGAUAUCUUGACCUCUGUUCACAUAGAAGAGCUGUCUCUGGAGCUAGAAGAAGGUUACGUGCUUGCUGCGUCAGAAGACCCUAGAGACGAGGGCUGCAGCACCUACAUGCCCAACGGCCUGGCGGUGGAGGGCACCUGGCUGCGGAGCGGGGACCCGGCCAUCAUGGCCAUCAGCACACAAUGCGAAGAUGAAGAACUCAGUACACCAGGCGACGAAACAUUCAGAAGGCCCAAGCCCAAGGUCAUAAGAGCUCCACCGGAUGUCGAGGGCAGGGUAAUUGACAGCAGCAUCCGGAUCACGGAGAAGCUGGAGUUUGGUGAAACGAAGAAGGUGAAGGUGGCAACUGUGUUAAUUGCCGUCCGCUGUCGCAUACAGGUCGGAGACAAGCUUUCUGGCCGACACGGGAACAAGGGUAUUGUGGCGAGAAUUGUCCCGAUUCAAGAUAUGCCAUAUUUGCCUGAUGGCACUCCGAUUGAUGUUUGCUUAAACCCUUUGGGUGUGCCGUCGCGAAUGAACGUCGGGCAGAUUUUCGAGAACAUUCUGGGGAGUGCUGGACGUUGGAAUGGAGAGGAAUACCGGGUUGGAUCGUUUGAUGAGAUGUUUGCCGAGGAGGCAUCUCGAGGCUUGGUCUUCGAAGCCAUGCGACGGGCGCAAGUCGGCACGGGCAACAAGUGGCUGUUGGAUGCGGCAUGUCCAGGAAAGACUCGUGUAUAUGAUGGCAUGACUGGCAGGCCCUUGGACACACCUGUGACUGCUGGAAUCUCGUACAUCAUCAAGCUUUGUCAUAUGGUCCGUGACAAGUUGCACGCGCGUCCUGCUACCACCCGGAGUCUGCAGCAGGGAGAUCAAUACGGGAGGGGGUAUCACGCCAUUACGCAGCAACCUAUCAAGGGACGCAGUAGAGGUGGUGGCUUGCGUUUGGGGGAGAUGGAAGUCUCCGCGCUUAUUGGACACGGAGCAGGAGCAACUCUGCAGGAGCUAAUGACUGUGAAGUCCGAUGACGUGCAGGGCCGGGCAGAGGUCUUCAAGAGCCUCUUCGAAGGGUGCGACGUUGCACUUCCGGCGGGUGCCACUUCAGAAGGGUACUUGGCAUUCAGACGAGAGUUAGCAGCCAGUGGCUUGGUUCUCUCAGAGGGUGCGUGGUCGGACGAUGAGCUGUUGUAA